AUGCUGCCCAGCUCCAUCCAGAUUUCCGGGGAGCCGCUGUCAGGCGCCGAGGUGCGGGACAUCUGCCGCGGCCUGCGCGACAACGCCGUGCGCCUGCUCUCCCUGCGCGGCUGCCGCCUCUGCGACCGCGACUUCGGCCGCAUCUGCCGGGCCCUGGCCGGGGCCACGUCCCUCGCUCARCUCAAUCUUAAUCUAGGCGUCGUGUCCAGCCCCAGCCGCAUCAAGCAGCUGGCGGAGGCGCUGCGAACCAACCGCUCCAUCCAGUCCCUCUUCCUGCAUGGGAGCCCCCUGACAGACGCUGGGCUGGCCUUGCUGAACCCAGCCCUGGCCCUCCACCCUGCCCUCGUGGCUCUCGACCUCGGGGACUGCAUGUUGGGUGAUGAAGCUAUCAACCUCAUCUGUGGCCUCCUCCCCCCAGAUGGGGCCAAGUCCGGCUUGAAAGAGCUAACGCUGAGCGCCAACCCUGGCAUCACCCCUAAGGGCUGGAGCCGACUCGCCAUUGCUGUGGCCCACAGCUCCCAAGUCCGCGUCCUCAAUCUGGACUACAACCCCCUGGGUGACCAUGUGGCAGGGAUGCUAGCUGUAGCUGUAGCCUCCAGCCGUACCCUAGAAGUCCUAGAUUUGGAGGGUACAGGGCUUACGAACCAGUCAGCUCAGACCCUGCUGGACAUGGUAGAAAAUUAUCCCACAGCUCUGCGGAGCCUAGUGUUGGCUGAGAACAGCAUCAGCCCAGAGCUGCAGCAGCAAAUCUGCGACCUACUCUCUGAGGGGGAAGAGGAAGAGGAGGUGGCAGGAGGGACUGGCGACACCCAGGAAUGGGAGAGAGGACGGGAGCCUGCUGCCCACCAGAGGGGCAGCAGCUCCUGGAUGUGCCCCAGCGAUCCCAGCUCUCAGAUGGUGCUAAUGACAUCAGGACUAGGGGACAGUCUGUUGGCUGAAACCGAGAUGUGACUCUCCAUUUGGGCUUCUGCACGUCAUUACAC